UCCGUCCAAGACGUCUAGUUUACGUCAUUUGAGAGGUAUAGUCAUUUCAGGGCGGAAGUGCAUUUUCAGAUUUUAACGGAAGAUUAUGAAGGUACAUGAAUUUAAAAAAGAAGACACAAAUUGAUAAACUGUUAACUAAACGCUACAAUAUUUCAUGAUUUUGUUUAUUUAACUGAGACUUUAUUUACCUCUGGUUUUUAAAACCAAUGAAGCGCGCUACUUAAGCGAUGUGUUUUUAAAUGGCGUUCGUUCAUUAUACAAUAAAGUGUGUUUCUAAUAAAACCACGACGAUAUUCCUACUCACAACAAACUCAAGGACCGCCACCUCAUGGCACACCUGUCACAUUUACAAUCUUCUCCAGACAGGCGUCAGGGAUGAAAGGUUCAGCGCUCGAAUGCAGCAAGUGAAGUAUCCCAAAUCCCAUAGAUUCACCCAAAUGUUCUUAAUUGUGACACUCUGGUAACUAUGGUGAUUAUCUGAAUCAUUAAAUUGCGACUAGGAGUGUUUGAUGGAAACAUUUACUUUGCCCACCUGGUUAUAGAAGAGCACGUGUUCGGCGCUGCGCUGUUAAUCUCUGGCGCCCUCCGGUGUCAUGGAGAUGUCAUUACACCCCAUGACCCUGUUGACUCGCCGUAGUUUAAACAUUAAUCACGUGUACAGUUGUCAGGAAGAGGAAACAAUAGAGGUUUUCAGGCCGUGGACGCGAGUAUGUGUGAUGAAUGAUGCGGUCGCGCGAGUCAAACGUGAGCAGGUGAUUUACCUGCGCGAACCGGCCAACGGACCAUGCAGAAGACAGUCUUUACAUCGAGAGAAGUGUGUCAAGAAGAGACGUCUGAAUCUGGGAUGUAACAGGAGCUGACACACACACACACACACACACACACACACACACCUGAUCCGGGUAUGCUAUGGGGAACUGCUGGGCUCAAUGUUUUGGGCUCUUCAGAAGGGAAGCAAGCCGGAUCCAAAGAGGAGGAGGAGGGCUGAAGUACUUCAAAAGCAGCACAGCUGGGGAACACUACACAAUAGAGUUUGAGAAUCUUGUGGAGAGCGAUGAGGGGGAGAGUUCACAAAGCGGCCCCAGACCCAUCAUCGAUGAGGAGAUUGGACACUUGAAGGAGCAUCGCUACACUGCCAUCUCAGACAGACAGGCGCUGAUCGACGAGAAGCUGAAAGCAGAGUUAGUGGCAGAAGAGGAGAAGUUAAGGCUAGAAGAGGAGGCAUUAUUUGCCGCCCAGCGCGAGGCAGCGCGGCUCACUAAGGAACGAAAGCUAAAGGAGGGGAAGCCGCAGUCAAAGAGGAUCAAACUCAGGACAGAAGCGGAGAGCAAUGAUGCUCGACACCAGCCCAAAGAGUCAGACGAAGAGUUUGAUGUGUUCAACCUGCGGAAUGUGAAAGCUCAGUCUGACGCUUACCGCUCCAACAGACUCAGUUCUGAAACGAACGCAGUGACACCGAACACCGAGAACAGCUGGGACUUCACCUGUAAAACUGAUGCCACCUCACUGGAUCUGGAGUGGGAGGAUGAGGAGGGAAUGAACAGGAUGGGUCACGCAUGGGAGCGCUCCAAAACAGAGGAGGACAUUUUACGGGCGGCUCUUCACCCGGGUGGGAAACAGUUGGGCAGCGGACCCACCUCCACCUCAGAAGACUCCAACGCUCUGGAAUGGGAGAACGAUUUUGUGAGCGCUCAUGUCGAGGACGGUGGUGACCCUGGCGAUGAGGACUAUGAAGGGUUUGUUAAUCCAGUUCUGGACACGCCCACCGAGGAGGCGGAGCAUAAAGACAGCUCUGAGCAUCAGGAAAGAUAGUCCAUAACGGGCUUUCGGUGUGAUGUCACAGCAGACCCGUCAGACAAUAGAGAACUUAUUAAUAUCACUGCAUCAUUGUGAUGAUUCUGACAGAAAAAUACAAGGAACAAAAACCAACUACAGAAAAGAUUGAAUGUGUACUUCGUCAUUGGAUGAAUCUCAUGUGAACACAUCAGGGUUACUUUUUAUUACCUCUUAGUAUUUUGAGGACCAUUAGGAUUCUUUGCAUCGUGACAUAAUGAUUUUCAUGACAGUCAGGCAUGUUUUCCUACCGUAUCUCAUUACUGCUAAUUUCAGACAUUUAAUUUUUUGGGUCAUUUCUAAACUUCUCAAUGGUGCUUUACUAUUAUAAACUAAGUGUACCGUUUACAAACCGUAAACCGGUGACUUUCAAAACAUACAUUAUUGUGGCUUUAAAUCAUAUACUAAAGUACACUGUAUGACAAGUUGAAGAUUUCAAUAAUUUCUCCACAUUUAAGUAAAGUAGAUUUUUCCUUCAUUACAGUGAUUGUCAUGAAAAUUACAAUUAAACUUUUGUCACACAUCAGAACGGCACAUGAGGAUUUCCGUGGGGGGUUUUGCUUUUGUUUUAAGAUUUUAAAUGUAUCCAACAUUUGUUUAAGCUGAUUUAUAUCUCUUUGGCUGAAUGUUGAAAUUAGUCAGAAUCUGAACAAUGUACUUUCUUGUUUCUUUUGUUAAUACUUCAAAAGUUGACAGAACUGAAUGAGUUGCAGUCGUAGAAGACGUGUUUGUUUUGACGAAAGCAUCGUUCAUUUGAGCCAUUGUUGUUUUCUGUCAUUUCUAUGAAACUCUUCUGCGUGUAACACAGAUGUUAUCUGUGAGGGUCACGAAACAUCCGCUGGGGUCAGAAGUCUGAGGACACACUGGUGAAAGGGAGGAUGCUUGUUUCCUACAUGGAGAGGUGGAUUCGAGUAUAUUAACAUUCCACAAGUGCUUUUAACUUUGUCAUUGUUUGACUGUCUGCUGUGUUCUUGUGGCUCACCGCUCCAGAUCCACUCAUGUUGUCUAUCAGUUAUUCACAACUUUGAUGAAAUGGAGAGAAAAGAGAGAAAACUUGAAUGUAUGUAAUCACGGAGACACUGCCAGACAUCGGAUGAAUUUGGCUGUAGAUGAUUAUUAAUACAAAUAGUAUGAUCCUCUAACAGGAUGACAUCUGUAUUUAAUUCCUCACACUUCACCCCAGAAUGUAAAUGAACAGAGAUUGUAUAUGAAGUCCGUUUUAGGAUCAAAAUGAUAUUUUGUGUUCUAGUAUUGAAUGUUUCUGAUAUUUAAAUGAGAAUUUUGGGACAUUCUGACUUGCCAUGAAAACAUCGUUAAAUGGUUAAAAUCUCUUAAAAACAUUCCUAUAAUAUUAUGCAAUUAUUUGAUUUUGGGGGGAAAUGUGACUAUUUUGAUACAUCUGUCACUGCAUAAAUAAAGAAUAAGGCAGUGAAUUGUUAACGUCAGAUGUAUUGAGAGUACAUUUGGUACUUUAAUAUUCAAGGGUGUCUUGAGUCAACCACAAACGAUAAUUCAUCUGAAAUAUCUCUGAAGCUUUAAAUGUGUUUGAAUGAAUGCUAAUGUGUAUGUGAAGGAUUGAUAAUGAACACUAAAGGACUUUAAGAGCU